AUGUGCAUACCCAGCGCUCAUCAAUGCGACGGCGGAUCAGCUUCAGCAGGGGCUUGUGGAAGGGCGUAUGUGGCUCGGAUCCACGAGGUCAACACGACACUGCACAUGGUCCUGGAGAUCAACCCCGACGCUGUCGACAUCGCGAGGCAGCUCGAUGCGGAAAGGGAGAGGGGGGUUGUCCGGAGGUAUGCUCGCUGCGUUCAUCCCAGAUAUUCGUCAUCAAUAACGCCUCGCUCUAGUGCCUUGCACGGGCUCCCCGUUCUGGUCAAGGACAUGAUCGGGACGCAUGACAAGAUGCAGACGUCGGCUGGAUCUUACGCUCUUGUCGGCGCGCAAACCCCCGAAGACGCCACGGUCGUUGCGAAACUUCGACAGAAGGGAGCCAUCAUACUCGGGAAGACCAGCAUGUCGGAAUGGGCAAAUGUCCGGUCGAUGAACUCGUCCAACGGGUGGAACCCACGAGGGGGCUUGACAUAUGCGGCGUACUACCCCCAGCAAGACCCCAGUGGAAGCUCGAGCGGGAGUGGUGUGGCGGCCGACUUGGGACUUGCUCUGGGCGCUCUGGACGGGAGUAUACUCUACCCCAGCGAAGCCAACAACAUCGUCGGCAUCAAACCGACAGUCGGGCUGACCUCGCGCCACAUGGUCGUCCCCAUCAGCCAACGCCAGGACACCAUCGGGCCGAUGGCGCGCACAGUGAAGGACGCCGCGCUGCUCCUACAAGCCAUGGCCGGGCCAGACCCGCCCGACAACUACACGCUCGCCUCGCCCUUCGGCCAGCAAAUCCCCGACUACCCGGCGGCGUGCAAGCUCUCCGCGCUGCAGGGGAAGCGGAUCGGGGUCGCACAGAACGUCCUCUCCGGUGUCAGCAGCCCGGUGCUCUCGGCGUUCCAGCACGCGCUGGACAUCCUCCAAAGCGCAGGGGCCACAAUCGUGCCGGGGACAAACUUCACAGCGUGGGACGAAUUCCGCAACAGCACAACCCCGGACAUGGUCGUCGCAGCGGACUUCACCAGCGACCUGACUACCUUUCUCUCCUCGCUGACGACCAACCCAAACCACAUCCGCAGUCUGGACGACCUCCGCGCAUAUACGCAGCACGACCCGCGCGAGCAGUACCCUUCCCGCGACACGGCGCUGUGGGAUCUGAUGCUCGCCGGCGCGGUGGACAACACCUCGCCCGCGUUCUGGGCCAUGUAUCAGCAGAACCUGUACUUUGGCGGCGAGGGCGGUCUGCUGGGGGCGCUGGCGCGACAUAACCUCGACGCGGUGGUGCUUCCCACGGCUGUCGCGGCGCGGAUCCCGGCGCUGAUCGGGUCGCCGGUCGUUACGGUGCCGCUGGGGGCGUGGCCGGAUGGAACGCCGGUGGUGCGGAAUGCGUUUGGGGAUUUGGUGGUGCAGGCGCCUGGGGUUCCGUUUGGGAUGAGCUUUUUGGGCGCGAGAUGGAGCGAGGAGAGUCUGAUUGGGAUGGCGUAUGCUUUUGAGCAGCGGACUCGGGUGAGGGAGACGCUGCGGCGGGUUGUUGAGCCCAGGGGGGAGUUGGGGGAUGUGGUGGCUCCAGAUGUUUGUCCUGCAUGA